AUGUGUGGGGCCAAUGCACUGCCAGACAGAGUCAGUGAGGCAGCAGGACUUGAGGCAAGCCUUCCUUGGCCUAAGACUAAGAAAGACACCCUGGAAUCCACAAUGGACAGCCUCCUGAUGAAGCAGAGGAAGUUUCUCUACCAUUUCAAGAAUGUCCGCUGGGCUAAGGGUCGCCAUGAGACCUACUUGUGCUACGUGGUGAAGCGGCGGGACAGUGCCACCUCCUUCUCAUUGGACUUCGGUCACCUUCGAAACAAGAACGGCUGCCACGUGGAACUGCUCUUCCUCCGCUACAUCUCCGACUGGGACCUGGACCCUGGCCGCUGCUACCGCGUCACCUGGUUCACCUCCUGGAGCCCCUGUUACGACUGCGCCCGGCACGUGGCCGACUUUCUGAGGGGGUACCCCAACCUCAGUCUGAGGAUCUUCACCGCGCGCCUCUACUUCUGCGAGGACCGCAAGGCCGAGCCCGAGGGGCUGCGGCGCCUGCACCGCGCGGGCGUCCAAAUCGCCAUCAUGACCUUCAAAGAUUAUUUUUAUUGCUGGAAUACUUUUGUGGAAAAUCGUGAAAAAACUUUCAAAGCCUGGGAGGGGUUGCACGAAAAUUCAGUUCGUCUAUCCAGACAGCUUCGACGCAUUCUUUUGCCCCUGUAUGAGGUUGAUGACUUGAGAGAUGCAUUUCGUACUUUGGGACUUUGACAGCAGCCUCCAAGAAUGUCACAUAUUAUAAGCUAUCUCCGAAGACAAUGGGUAAAAGGACGAUCUUUCAAGAAGUCUGUUUUUCUUCAACUCUCACUUCCUUAGAGUUUAGAGAAAAAAAUAUUCGUAUACAGGGCUUGUUUAAAAAACAUCUGGAAAGUAGACCAGGAGCACAGGCCCACCGAGGUAGCGGUGCAACCGGUGCAGGUUUUAAUGCAACAGCGCCCUCUACUGUGAAAUGGCAGAAUUGCAGGGCCUGGGAGCGCCUAAAGUGUCCCGUUCUAUGACUUUUAGGCUGGGAGGAAACAGAAGGUAACUCCCUAAAAGCAUGGUGAGAAGAUCAAAUAUUUUUAUAAUCAGUUUCCUCUAUUAUUCGUUCUGAGUUUUUCAAGGAUAUUACUGAUACAUUUUUGUACUCUUUGCCUUUGGGGUUCACUUUCAAGUGAACAGACCUCCACCAGUCCAUGAUCUAUGUAGAACCACCUAAUGAAAGACUCUGGGUGAUUGUAAACCCCCAAACAUCUUCUCAGAGCAUUAAUAUCUAAGCAUGUGCUGUCUGUUUUAAUUGUCUGAGGCACGUUUCCCUGUUUGUACACACAACGGGUUUUUUCUUGGUAUGGAAUAUGCGCGAUCACCUUCAGGCUAUUUUAUAAUAAAGGAUCUUAAAAUGAAUAUGAGGACUGACGAAGACGCGCUGAAAGUUAGUUGGUGCUUCAAGUCACACAUCUGGAAACACAGAUCCUUUUUAAAGAAGCCCAUAGUUCAGAAAACACAACCACACAUUUCGCGGGUAAUCAGGUAACACUUGAAGAGGAGUUGCUUCCGUGUUAAAACCAGGCACCUGUUCUCCCCGAUGGGUCUGUUGACUUGAACAGCGUCAACCAGGCCAACAGGUUCCUACUUUAUGUGAUGCUUCUCUCAAAGAAAUGUUCACUAUUUAAGAGAGUGUGAUAAAAAGAGAACAAUAUUUGGGAAGGAUGACAGAGCAUAGCAAAGAAAGAGUGUUUUAUCCAGCAAAAUGUAAGGGAGCCAGCCUAUGGCACAGAGACUGCCUAGGUGUAACAACUAUCCUUGACUGUGAGAAAAAUAGUCAAAGCAACCACGUCACUGUGCAGUUAUCUCCUGGAAACCCUUGCAAUGCAGAUAAAUAGAUCCACAGGACAAGUUGAAUGCACAAUCGUAUUGUCCUACAAAUACAAACGGGUGCCAGGGCCAGUCAGUAAAAGAAUAUAAGUUCUUUCAACAAACAGCUAGGACAAUGGAUAUCUAUAGGCAAAAGAAUCAGUUUGGGUCUCUACCACAUGCCAUAUAUAAAAGUUAACUCAAAAUUUAUCAACUGCCUGCAUGUAAGAACUACAGACUAUAAAACCCUUAGGAGGAAACAUAGGUGAAAAUCUUCGUGACCUUGGAUUAGACAACAGUCUCUAAAAUAUGACACCAACAGCACAAGCAACAAAAGGGAAAAAAAAUAGAGAGAUUGGAUUUCAUUACGAUGAGAAGCUUUUGCACAUCAAAGGAUAGUAGGAAGGAACUGAAGAGACAGCUUGCAAAAUGGGAGGAAAUAUUUGCAAAUAGUGAGUCUAGUAUGCAGAAUACAUAAAGAACUCUUAUAACCCAUAACAAAAAUCAACCUAAUUAAAAAUGACCAGAAGACUCGAAUAGACAUUUCUUCAAAGAUGAAACACACAAAUGUCUAAUAAGCACAUGAAAGAUACCCCUUAGUCAUUAGGGAACAUUCUUAGUCAUUAGGGAUAUGCAAAUCAAAGCCACAAUGAGAUACCACUCAUACAAUUAGGAUGGUUAUCAACAACAAGAAAAGCAAUAAUAACAAUUGUUGCUAAGGCUGUGGAGAAACUGGAACUUCUAUGUAUUAACUGGCAGAAAUGCACAACUGUGAGGCCACUCUGAAAGACAGUCUGGUGGUUCCUCAAAAGAGAAUAAAAGACAGAAUUAUUGCAUGACCCAGCAAUUGCACUUCUAGG